AUGUCCUCUUCAAAUGCAUUGAUUUCAGCUCCCGGUCUCACCGAGGAUCAAAUUCAAACUGAGAGGGCUUGGCUAGAAGGCUACGGCAAAGAUGUGGAUAGCCUGGAUUGGUCAAAAUGGGAAAAGUAUUGGGAUCAAGACGCAUUUCUCCAAAUCGCAAAUUCCCCCAGAGUUCACGGCAAAGGAGCUAUCGAGACCUUUUACAGGGAGACAUUCAUUAAUGUAUCAGAGUAUGUACGCCACGACUACACCCGUUAUUCGUUUGACUUGCCACUCGGGUUAAUUUAUAUGUCCGCGACUGUUUCCUUCAGGGUCAAGGGUGAUCCUAAAGGACGUACCAUCCAAGUCUCGGUGAUCGGUGUAAUUCAUAAGCGUCCUGGAGAACUCGUCGCUACAGGAGGGGAGAUAUAUUUUGACAAUAGCCCAAUCGUUGCUGUGAUUCAAGAGGUUCUAAAGGAGAAAGCGGUCUAG